UUUGAUUCAUACCCUUCAACCUACGCUCUUUUCUAUAGAAUCAUCCAGUCGCUCUUUGUUUACAAUAUUGUCACUCAUUCGCCUUACCAUAUUUGCUUCUACGACUCUUCACUCCUGAUCGAUAACCCGUAUUGAUACCUUUGUCCGAAGUCUCGACGCUCACCAUCAAAAUGUUCUUCUCGAAGUCUACUUUCAUUCUCUCAUUCCUGGCACUGGGCAACAUUGUCGCUGCUGCGCAGACGCCUGCCUGCCUUCUCUCGGUUGUAGGAGCUGAGAAGAACCCCGCCGACCUCAAGGCUGUGUGUGUCACGAAUGGCGAUGAUGUUCAGAAAAAGAUCGCGGACACUUGUGGUGAUAGCGAGCAAGCAGCCCUGACGUGGUUCGCUGAUACCUGCGAUGCUGCAGGCUACAAAGUUGAUAUCAAAUCCUCUACGACUACCUCUGAAUCUGCUACCGGAACUUCCACUAAGGGCUCGGCAUCUAACACCGGUUUCGUCACUGCUACUGCGACUGGCUCUUCUAGCUCUGGGGAGAGCAAGUCCGGAACUUCUAGCUCCAGCGCCGCGUCGACUUCCCAGACCGUCUCAGCUGGCUCGUCUGAUCGACAGGUCUCCGCAGCAGCCUUUGCGGCUGUCGUCUUCUUCGGCUUUGCUGCGACCCUGUAGAGAUGUGAUCCAUAAGAAAUGUUCAUCUGAUCGACAGUUGCACUGCGACAUUCGUGAAUCGUCUUUUUAUUGCUUCAUUUUUGUUCUGUCCAUUCUAGUUCGAGUCAUGGAUUGACUCUGAACCAUCUCAUAGAAGAGUACAUAUAUCUGUACAAACAGAGAUUAUUCCUUGUCC